AUGGUGUGUGCAUUAUUCUCCACCCGGCCGCCGCCCUCAGCGCAGCGGCGCCGGCUAGGGCUCCGGCCCCGGCCCCCCGGCUCCGGAGCUGGGCCCUGGGGGCCGGGCGCUGGGCGGCGGCCUGGGGCAGAAGCGGAGUUUAUUAAUAACUCGCGGCGGCGGGUGCAGCUCCGUGGGACUCCCUCAUCGUCCGCGGGCUGCUCUCGCGCCCUCCCGACCGCCCCUCCCCCUCGGCCCCGAGGGACGGCCGCCCGCCCACCGGGGAGGGCGCGAGAGCGAGCGGGCGAGCGAGCGGGCUGGCGCGAGCCCCGGGGGGAGCCGGAGCCGCAGCCGCAGCCGCCGCGGGAGCCCGAACGCCGCCCCGAGGCCUUGGGGCCGCGCUUCCCGCCCGCGGCGACUGCGGCGGCCCAUGCGUGCCGUGACCCCAGGGUGCUGGCCUCCGGAGCCGGGGUCCGGUUCCGGCGGGACGCCGCGGAUCGGGUCCGGCGGGAGGUGGGAGGGGGAGCGGAGGCGCCCCGCUCGCGCCCCGCGGGGCUGUUGGUAAUCGCGUCCGGCUGUCGGAGGUCCGAGAGGCCCGGGGGCUGCCCGGUCCCUGGCCCCCCCCGAGUCCUUAACAAAAGCAGCGUUUGGGGGAAGACGGGAGUGGGCCGGGGUCCUCCCACUCCGCCUCUGCCCACGCUGGCCUCUCCAUGUCCGCCGGCUUGGAAUUGCUGCCCACUGUGA